UGUGAAUUAUCUAGGAUCGCUCAGACUCCUCGUAGAUAGCCUGCUUUAGUGAGCACCUAUUUUAUUUGUCUCGAAGAGACUACCAACAGAAAACUUUCUUCUACUUAACACAAUAUUUUUCUAACGAAAGUGACCUCAUCUAUCUGAAGGCUUGUCUUCCCACUGUCGCUAUCUCUUCUGCUAUGUUUCACUUUCUUCAGUGUGUAGGUGACCAAAGACGUUUCUUCAGAUUGUAAUCAACUAGUCGACCUUUUCGAUUCGAUGAGGGCGUUUCUAGAGCAUUUAUCAAUCAUCGAGGGGAAAUUGCCUUCAAUUCCCGCAUACAGGUCUCAUGUUAUGCUUGUCUUCUUAGCUUUGUUGAGCGGAAAAUGGGCCAAAGCUUUCAGGGAUGUGGGAAACGAUGAGGAUCUGCAAUCGGCCAAAUCUACGAUGAAGGAGUCACUCGCGCAGCUUGAAUCUGCGUCACUCACGGUCAUCCUCACUACUACGCAAGAUCUGAAGCAGGACACAAACACCAUUGUUACCCAAACCGAAAGAAUCGACUCUAGGACUGAAAGGAUCGAAGUCUCUAUCCUUGCCCAACGAGAGGAGUUCCACGAUAUAUGGGUUUUGGAUGAAGAAGCUUACCAGGUAUGGCGUGAAGGAACCACUAAUCCAUACCUCUGGAUCUCCGGUGACACUCGCCUUGGAAAAACCUCCGCUGCAUUUUUAUUGUCCAAAGAAUUAGAGGAAGCAUUUGCCUCCGAGCCGAAGACCUCUAUUGCCGCUUUCGACUACCAGGAUGAUCAAGCCGAAUUUAUGUCCGUAUCAAAUGCGUUUUCUAGCAUGAUUAUCCAAAUCGCAGGAGGAAAUAGCGGCUAUUGUGAGCAAGCAUCGUCAGAAGCCGGAAAGGAUGGAGGGGUUGACACUGAUGACUGGACCGACUUAUGGGAGCGGCUUCUUCCAAUCCAAAUUCGGAAGCGGAAACUGCGGAGGGACAUGACUCUUCUGAUUGAAGGCAGAUUGAGACGCUUCCAAAACCUAUAUGCAUUUGGCAGGCGAACGAAAAAGAAAAUACUCUCCAAAUUACUGGAAAAAUCUGAUUCAAUGCUAUAUGUCGACCAUAUGCUGCGGCGAUACAAUUCUAUUGGUAGGGAAGGAAUGGUGUUGAAGGACCUCGAAACGAGCUUUCCAGAUAGUCUCCAAUCUGCUUAUAACAUUCUGUUGACUGAGGCUCAGCAGCGCAGAACCUCCGAACACCUGCAAUAUUCAAGCAGUUGUUAUUGUGGCUGGCGUUUGCAAAAUAGUGUUAUAAAAGAGGUUGAAGGGAAAUCAUCAAGCAAUUUGAGAAUUACACGAUCAAAGAAAAACGAGACAAGGAGAGUGAUGAUAAUGAAAAAUUUCCUUGAUGACGGCUCUAUUGCCUCGAACAUGAUAGCCGACGACAACGCUGCAACAUUACAAUUUCUGGAUAGAUCUUUAAGGGGCUACUUUCGCUCUGGCGAUGUGGGCGAAAGUGGUUUACGAAAGCCUUCUUCUGCUCAUCUUACAAUGUUUGCGACGUCUGUCGAUGUGAUAUGUGACCGCUACAAUUCAGCAUACGAGGCCGGGGGAAAAGAGUUAAAAGAUUAUGCCAUUAAUUUUUGGGCUGAUCACUUUUUGGAGCUUGAUCCUGUUUCUGCAACGGAGCUAGAUCUCCUGCGAGUUAUUGAAUCUCUGUCUCUCGUCCUGAACGAUCACAAUAAUGCCGCAAAAGAGCUCGAAUUAGGGCUAGUCUACCCACGGGGCCAUAUCUCGAAUUGGUUCCAGCAGAUGCAUGCUGAAAGUGAAUCCUUUCGUUUCGCAUCGGGUGCGCUCCUGAUGAUAAGCGUCUUGAAACCUUCAAACUCAGCAGCGUCGCCUCUAACUGACAAUAUUUACUUCUAG